AGCUUCAGCUUACCGAACCUUUUGACUGUCAGUCAAAACCCCUUCGACUGACAGAACGCCGCCAUGCUGCGCGGCGCCUUCGUGCUCGCGCUGCUGAGAUGUGGCAUAGGUUUCGAGUGUGCCACUGAAGAGGCAGUGGAAGAGGCGGAGGAACAGGAGGCAAGGCUUCGGCUGUCCCUGCUCCAGUCGGCACUCUCAGUGCAGAAGUUCAGGGUGUUGAGCCCAGAGGAGGACGCCUUUGCACUGGACCAGGUGAGGAAGGCUUGGUACACCAGCGAGAUCAAGGAGCGGUUGGACCUUGGCGAUGUGAAGCAGGAGCUGCUGAGUCAGCUCUCAGCGCUGCAGAAGGAGUGCCCUGACGCCGAGGAGAUCCAGACUCAGAUGACCGACUUCUGGGAGGAGGUGGGCAAGUACGUGCGAUCCCUGGACCUGCGGCUGGCCAUCGAGGGCGAGCAGCACGCCAUCAGCGCUGAGAGGGCCCGCAUGGACGCAGAUGUGGAGGGCACCAAGCAGAAGAUCAAGACGUUGGAGGCAGAGUACACGAACGCCACCAAGAUCUUUAGCAAGGAGCAGGAGGGCAGGCUCAACGAGAUCGUCAGCGUCUCACAGCGGAUGGAGGAGCUCCAGCGCAUCGUGGCGGAGGCGGCGCACUCCGACGACGCCCACGCCUUCGAGGAUCAGUACAACCUGCUGCGGAAGACCUACAAGGACCUCACCAAAGACUUCAGCGACGAGCAGGUCCAGCGCGCCUUCAAAGCCGUUCACAUCAAGCAGACCCUCAAUGCCGUGGAGAAAAACCUCUCCAACGAGCACAUCGAAGGCGAGCUGAAGCACCGCAUCUCGGUGCCGGAGUACCGGCUCAAGGCGCUGGAGAGGCAGUACGACCGGGCGGCCAAGGAGGCGGACUUGAAGACCAUCAAGCAGCGAAUCUUGGGUGUUUGGUACGCCUCCCUGCGGGAUUUGCCCGAGAUGAAGGACUUGCGCAGCUCCAACCACAGCGCGCUCUGACGCGAGGUGUCAGACACCGAGAGCGCGCGGAAUGUAGCCAGUUGGCUUUUGGCCCGGCGGACAAGGCUCUGUCCGCUGGUUAACCGGACCGAAGCGGUGUACCGAAGUGUACGACGGCGUCUUUUGCGCUUGCCACGCCAGAGUGGGCAGGCACGCAAAAAGGGUGUGCCAAAAUUGGAAACCCUUUUGCGCGGUCCUUGAAGAACCCGA